AUGACCUUCGUGGACCCAAGGGCGCCAGUCCAGAGGAGGGCGCAGUCCCUCGCGUACAUCAACGGGUACGCGGUGCCCGGCGAGAGGUCCACGGGUCUCAAGCCCGAGGUCUCCGCGCCUCCCCCGGCCCCCGAGCAGCUCAAGGAGACCACGCUGCCGAUGUCCACGCUCCCUAAGUUCGUCGCCUUCGACCGCAAGGUGCUUCGCUGGAACUGCUACUUCAAGGAGUCCGUGACCGAGAGCGCGGUGGAGAACCACCGCGUGCGCAAGUGCACCAUCUACAUGUACCUCGAGGACGAGUCGGUUCACGUGGAGGAGCCCAGGCAGCCGAACAGCGGCAUCCCCCAGGGCGUCUUCCUCAAGCGCCACAGGGUGCCCAAGGACAACGAGGGCGGCGUGUUCGGCCCCGCGGACAUAUCCGUCGGUAGCACGUGCACCAUGUACGGACGCACCUUCUUCGUCGUCUCCUGCGACGCGUUCACCCGCGAGUACCUCACCGGCGCCCUGGGCCUGGAGGUGGCCCCGGACGGCGCGUACCCGGAUGAUCCCAUCGACGGAUACAGGGCGACGCUCAAGAAGGACACGAGCGCCAACCCUUACCCGCCCGCGCCCCGCGACGAUGUCCUCGCCGCUUACAUCGAGGCCGCCGCGGGCAAGCCGUCCAACGCGCUCGCCCCCGAUAAGCUCAAGAAGUUUCUCGCCAACGACCGAAAGGUGCUCCGGUUCUUCGCCGUGUGGGACGAUCGCGGCGCUCUGUACGGCGAGAAGAGGCCUUUCGUCGUGCACUACUACCUCGCAGACGAUUCCGUGGAGGUCCUCGAGGUGUCGGAGCCCAACAGCGGCCGCGAUCCCUUCCCCGUGUUCCUCAGGCGCCAGCCGCUCCCCAACAAGCCCCUGGAAGUUGACGCCCUCGGCCCCACGAAGAGCACGACCACGUACACGCACAAGGACUUCGUCGUCGGUCAGUACGUCAAGGUUUACAACCGCGACUUUUACCUGUACGACGCGGACAACUUCACCAAGGCUUGGUACAUCGAGAACGAGGGGAUGUCCGCGGCGGACUUUCCGGAGAUUGACGUCGAGGAGAAGCCGCUUCCGAUUCCGCAAAACGCCGUGCCCCCCUACAACGGAUUCGGCGGGCUCGAAGACUCGCUUCAGAACUGCAUCGCGCUCAUUCCCAAGCCCGUCGCUCCGGACUUUCACAAGCAGAUGGACUACGCCAGGACCAUCUUACGGUACAAGGCGAAGAUUGCGCCCGGGGAGCAGUACGAACUCUCGGAUAUCGACGCGGAGCGCGACUUCAUCUUGAGCGUGUACCUCGCCAACGACACCAUCGCCAUCUACGAGCCACCCGACCGCAAGCGCAACAUUCCCGCGCACAUCACCGGCGGUAAGUUCCUCGAGAGGCAGACGGUGUUGAAGCCCGGUUCCGCGGAGAAGUACGAGGCGCACGAUCUUUACGUCGGCGCCGUCGUGAGCGUGUUCAGACGCAACUUUGUGCUCACAGAGGCGGACGAGUACUCGUACCAGUUCAUGGAGCAGCACCCGGCGAGUUUCCCGAGGUCCGAUUUCGACCAGGUGCUGAUGCGGAUCAGGGCGCAGCUGGAGGGUAUGGAGGCGGAGGUUUACGGUACCUUCGCGGGUAAGGAGGUGACCGAGGAGUCGCUCACCGCGGCGCUGUCGGCGUGCGGCGCGCAGUUUGUCAAGCAGGAGGUUGUCACCGUGCUCCGCAAAGUUGCCGGCUCGGGAGACGCGUGGCUCGCCGCGCUCGGGUUCCAGGCCCCCGCGUAAACGCGUGUGUAUGAAUUUGCUAAAAUCUCAAUCAAUC